GAUAGAAUCCAAAAAUGGAGUUUAUUCUCAAGAAGAAUAUAUAACAAUCAUGAACUAUGUUCAAAAUAAUUGUCAAAAAUUACAACUUGCGAAAUUAAUGGCUAUCUUUUUUUAUCUUGAAAACUGA